AUGUCAGUAAUCAAAACUCUCACACUUCUCUGUAUAUUAAUACUCUUGUCCAUUACAUCUCAUGCUCACAAGAUUUCUCUUCACUCCCCUUCCUAUCAAACUCCACAUGUCAGUAUUGAUUGGAGCUCUCUAACUCCUCAACAAUUGUCCUCUCUUCCCAACAACGUUCUCGCAUCUGCCACACGUCAAAACAUUCAAUCCAUUCCAGCCGAAUCUUGUAUUGGAUUUACAAGCUCCCAACUUGCCGUUCUUUCAAUAGAAGCAUGCUCUGGAUUUUCCUCUUCACAAGUUUCCAAUUUCAAUCCUAAUGCUUGUUAUGGAUUCAAAUCAACAUGUUUUACCGGAAUGAAUCCAGAAGCAUUUCAAGGAUUCCGCGGAGAUUGUAUUCAACAAAUUCCAUCCAAAGAAUUUUCUGGAAUUGAUAGUGCCCAGAAACUGAGUGCCUUCUCAUUGGGUGCCGUGAGUUCCUUUUCAUCGAACGAUUUACGAAAUUUAGAUCCAUUGAUAUGUUCAGGAUUUUCUUCGGAGCAAGUAGGAUCCAUACACAAUGAUGGAAAUGGAAAUGGAGCUUGUAGUGGAUUCACUUCUGAAUGUUUCAAUUUAAUUAAGAGAGAAAAUUUGAGAAGGUUGAGUGGAUUUUGUGUCAAGGCCAUGAAUCCAGAAAUUUUUGACCACAUGUCAGGAAUUCAAUUUUCAAACAUUCCAUCGGUUGCAAUGGAAGGUCUUCGAAAGGACCAAUUGUCUCGCAUUACCAAUGCCGUGGUGUGCUCGAAUUUUACUCGAGAUCAAAUUUCCAAUUUAAAUGUGGCCAAUCAAGUCUGUGCUGGUUUUUCAGGAACUUGUUUACAAGCUGUUCGACCUUCUGAAUUUUCUGGUUUCUUUUCAGAUUGUUUACAUCAAUUAGAUCCAAAAGUAUUUCAAUAUUUCAAUGUGGAACAAGUUCAAAAUCUUCGAGCAGAAUCGUUUAAAGGAAUGACUGGUUAUCAAAUUUAUAAUUUUAAACCAGAGACUUGUCAGGCAUUCUCAUCGAAUCAACUCUCUCAAUUACAACCUGAAAACAAUCAAGCUUGUACGGGAUUUCGACCCGAUUGCAUUCGAAACGUUCCACCCAUUGCCUUUUAUGGAUUUUCUGGAAAAUGUUUCACUUCAUUUCCAAAAGAAACCUUAAUGGCAGUUCAAGCUCAACAAUUGGAACAAGUCAAUCCCACUACAUGUAGCUCCUUCAAUUAUCAUACAGUGGAUCCUUUCAACUCCAAAGACAACCAAGUAUGUUCUGGUUUCACUUCUCAAUGUUUAUCUCAAAUUGGACUUGAUGCCAUGAUGGGAAUGAAUGCACAAUGUUUCUCUCAAAUACCACCCUCUUCAUUACAAGGAUUGAAUAAGUAUUUUAUUCAGAAUAUUAACAUUGGUGCCUUUGCUGGAGCUACUGCCAAUCAAUUUGCCGCUCUGUAUACUUAUUUUGGAAAUGACUAUUUUGUCAAUGUUGUUCCAAGAGAAAAUUUAAGAAUGGUUUCUCGAGAACAAGUGGUCUUGUUUAAAACCAAGAUUGAGAAUGGAGAGAUUGUGCUGACUCGAAAGUUCUCUCCCAAUGAUUUGACCAAAUUGUCUUGGUUAAAAUUGGCGCUUUCAACACCAAAUUCGUUGAGUGAAAUUUUAACUCCAACGAACAUUUUAUCGAUUGAUAUGUGUCAAACAUUUUAUGGAUUAUUGAAUAAUUCUCAAAUUUAUUCACAAGCGAUUUAUCAUUAUUUGACCGUGGACAAAUUGAAUUGUUUUUUGAGGGAUACCAUAAAUGGUAUUACUGCAGGUCAAUUAUCCAUGAUCGAUCCAAGAGCGUUUGUAGAAUCGAGUGGUUCCUUUGCACAAUCGUUUUUAUAUGUGAAUCCGUUGGCAGUGAAUGGUCUGACUGAACAACAAUUGAAUUCAUUGUUGGUGGAUGAUUUUUUAGGACGAGCCAUGACUUGCGAUCAAUUUAAAAAUCUGAAUUCUGCUCAACAAGCGUUUAUUCAGAACACUAACUCGUAUACUGUGUUACAAAAGAAAUGCAUGACUCUUCCGCCAAAAAAACAUUGA